UGGAUGUGAAGGAACCUGAAGAGAGUAGAGAAAAGGGAGAGGCAAGCAAGAAGCUAGCUACAGAGGCCACCCAGAUAGCAGAGAAGAUUGCACCACUUUGGCCCCUCAGUGGUACGAUGUUGCAACGUUCAACAAGCCAACCCCACAACCGUCGACUGUUCACACAACAUGCUUGCUAG